CGCGGGCGGCGGGGCUGCUCACCAAGCCCCCCAACCUGGACGCCGCGCUGGCGCUGCUGCGCAAGGAGAUGGUUGGUCUCCGCCAGUUGGAUAUGUCCUUGCUGUGUCAGCUGUACAGCCUCUAUGAGUCUAUCCAAGAGUACAAGGUGGCAUGCCAGGCUGCUUCCAGCCCUGACUGUCCUUAUGCACUGGAGAAUGGUUUCUUCGAUGAAGAGGAAGAGGAGGACUUCCGGGAGCAAGCCUCCCUCCAUGAAGACAGGGCCCGCGGCCCUCCUGGAGAACUGCCGCUGCCUGUGUCGCCCCUCUCCAGCAGCGAUUGGAUUCUGGAGUCCGUCUAGGGCCUUGGGGCAGCUAGGGUUGGGGGGUGGGUUUGAACUGGACACUGUUAGCAUCAGCUUCAUCUCCUGCAAAAGUGCUCUUGCCCUCACAGUGGACAGUCAGUGGCACCUGGGAUGGAUGCCACCAGUUUAUCUUCUAGGUAGGGAGUUUGUUGACACACCGUGGCAGUCUGCUGGGAUGCUGCAGUGUCUGAUUGGGUUACAGAGAGGUACUGAGGAUGUCCUUGGCUCCAGUGGUGUGAGGCACACCACUGAGAUGCACAGAGGCUGUAACAAGGGGUGCGGUAGGAGGCCAAGUGUGCAGCCCAUGUGAGGUGACUUUUAGCUGGCCCCUUCCAGGUCUUUAUCUUAGUGUCACUGUCCCUUUUUUCAGUGAGGCCUGCGGCUUCCCUUACUGCUUCAUGAGUUUUUCAGCCCCCCCUUAUUUAUUGUGAGCUGUAUCCCUAACUGUCCAGGUGACUUGCAAGAUCUUUCUCCUGCUCCACAGAGGAACGGGGGAAAAAGCAAACACUGCUGCCACACUAGUAAGCAGCCUUCUCUCAGCCUACCCACUGCCCCUUUAGUAGGUAAAGAAUAAGGGAGAUAAUACAGAGGUCUGCUGAGUGGGGAAGACCCAAACCAGAACAAGUUAAAGUUUUGUAUCAUUCACUGUAAGACAGCAGACAUUUCUGUUCCUAAAGACUGAAUGUAAACUAGUAUGUUAGAAAGUAAGCCACACCCCCCACUCAAAACAGUGAUUACCUUAUGCCUUAAUAUAUUUAUUGAAAUACUUUGUGAGAGCUUUAUACUUUGUAGGUUAAACUUGAGGAUAAAAAUGAUAAACUCUU